AUGUCCCCCAAAUUACGCCCACUGCACCUCCCCGUGUUAGUCGAGCAAAGGAGAAAGUUCGAAGAGUCCCUCUAUGACUCCGAUAGUGACAUGUAUCGGGAAUUCGAUGUCCUCGACUCCUCCUCAGAUACCGUGUCUCCUCUUACGCCAACCUUUUCUCGUGGCCAUCUUCGGUAUUCCAGCUCAACUUCCUCAUUUGAGUUGACAACGCCAGCCAGCCCAGAACCGCCAUCUUCUCCGAGCCAGCCCUCACACAAAUCCAGCAAGUACAGCUUACCCGACGUGGAAGAGGAGCCAGUUGAGCAUUGCGAUCCUGGAGACGAUUUGGAUACUUUUGACUCUUCGGCAUUUGAUGACGAUCUUUACGAUUGUCUCUGUGACGAACCGUGCCUUCAUAGAGAUCAUGGAAUCGCUCAUAGCGCGACCGGUUUCUAUUCUCAUAAUGGGCAAGUUGGUUACGACUUUGGCUUUCUCAGUGAUGGCGAUCUCAAUACCACGCUGAAGUUCUCAAGAAAGCCGCGUGCCGGCAUCGAAUCUCCACUUGCUGGGUUCACUCAGCGUGUUGGAUCCAAGUUCGCGGGCAUCACCAACUGGAACAGGAGGCGCCAGGCUAGCAUCACGCAGUCGCCCGUGUCCGACUUUGGGUUUGAGCAACGACCAGCCUUAUCCAGAGCUGCUUCCAGUCGGUCAUCCUCACUUUCAGCCUCAGGCCACUACCAACCCGACCGCACCAAUGAGCCGCCUCUGCCGCCAACCCCUGCUCUGUCAUUCUACGAAAGCAGCGACAGUAUCGCUUUGCCGGCGGCAGUUGAUAUCGAGAAGGCGACCCAUAUUGAUCCCACCGAUAUUGAACGUGACCGCGCCCUAGCCACGACGCCUUUGUUACCACCAUUCAUGAACGAUGCCCUGAGCGCUCCGGUCACGGCUCAGGCAUCACCCUUGGUCUCGCCAAAAGUUGCUUUGUUCCCGGAAUUCGAGCCACAAUCCCCGCUGGUGUUGUCUCCGCCGUUGAGUACAAAGCCCUCAGUUUCUUCCUUCUCCCGAGUUGUCAUGUCCGGAGAGCUACCCGGCAUGCAGGAGCAAGAUGAAAAAUGGUGCAAUCUCCUUGGUCAUGCCAACUACACGAUCCAACCUGCGCCGUAUAAGCCAGAAAUGGUCAACCUGGAUACGUUACACCAGCUUCGCGCUGCUUGGGUAACGGCAAGAAUCAACUAUACCAAGCAUCUAGCGCGGACUGGCGAGCAUUACGGCAUCACAUCCAAGACUUACAGUCUGACGGAGACUAAGUGGGCUGAAACGAAGGCACUGUGGCGCAACAACCAUGAUGAAGUCGCUAAAUUCAUUGUCGCGAGUGGUGCAGCAGAUACACUGCCCAAGUUUAAUGAAGAUGUGCUCACUGCCGUGCCUCACAUGGACACCGAGGGCAAGUUCCCAGAGCGUGGCGACGAGGACAUCGUUGGGCCUAUGGUUCGGGACGCAGUCAUGCUUGUCCCUGGAGAUGAGAGGAAGAACUACAACUUCUGGCGUACUCUCGCUGGUCGAGUUGGCUUACGGAAGUAA